CUGCUGCGACUCCACUCUCGUCGGUUACGGCUGGAAAGUCACACGCUACUGCUACGCCGCACCACAGUCUUCUUAGUUCAGAAGCCGGGGGGAAACAUCGACAUUUUUUCGGGUAGAGUGGUGUUUAAGGAGCUCACUGAACAGUACAACCGACAUCAUGGUGAACAUCCCAGAAUACUAUGCAGGGAAAACUGUGCUGAUCACCGGAGCAACCGGCUUCAUGGGCAAGGUGCUGCUGGAGAAGCUGCUGAGAUCCUGCCCAGGAGUCAAAGGUGUCUAUGUGUUGGUGAGGCCAAAAGCUGGUCAGAGCCCCGAGGCCCGCAUCGCUGACAUGAUCAACUGCAAGCUGUUUGAAAGAUUGCAAGAGGAGCAGCCCGGCUUUGCAGCGAAGAUCGUGGCGGUGAAAAGCGACCUGACUCAGCAGGAGCUGGAUCUGAGUAAAGAGGAUCAGAGCAUCCUUGCCGACAACGUUAACAUAGUUUUCCACUGUGCCGCCACCAUCCGCUUUAACGAGCCACUCAAAGAUGCAAUGCAGCUGAAUGUCCUGGCCACCCAGAAGAUGCUGGCACUUGCCCACAGGAUGAAGCACCUGGAGGUCUUCCUUCACGUCUCCACAGCCUACGCCAACUGUGACCGAGAGCUCAUUGAGGAAAUGGUGUACCCUCCCCCCGUAGACUACCACAGACUCAUCGAUUCUCUGGACUGGAUGGAUGACGAGCUGGUGUCUGCUCUGACACCCAAGCUGAUCGGGAAACGUCCCAACACCUACACCUACACCAAAGCCUUGGCGGAGUAUCUGGUGCAGCAGGAGGCCGGAGACCUCAAUGUAGCCAUUGUCAGACCUUCCAUAGUUGGAGCCAGCUGGAAAGAGCCCUUCCCAGGAUGGAUUGAUAACUUCAAUGGCCCCAGUGGAAUAUUCAUAGCAGCCGGUAAGGGGAUCCUGCGUACUAUGAGAGCGUCUAAUGACGCUGUGGCUGACCUGGUGCCUGUGGACGUGGUCAUCAACGCCACGCUGGCUGCAGCUUGGUACUCUGGAUCACAGACACUCAACAGGUCUAGAAACAUCCUGGUGUACAACUGCACGACCGGAGGGAUCAACCCGUUUCGCUGGGGCGAAGUUGAGUACCAUGUAAUAUCCACAUUCAAGAGGAACCCCCUCGAGCAGGCCUUCCGUCGGCCAAAUGUUAAUCUCACAACCAAUCACCUAAUCAAUCAGUACUGGAUCGCCGUGAGCCACAAGGCUCCGGCCUUCCUCUAUGAUCUGUACCUCAGGCUGAUUGGACGAGAGCCCAGGAUGAUGAAGACAAUCACGCGCCUCCACAAAGCCAUGAUGGUGCUGGAGUAUUUCACCAGUCACUCCUGGGUGUGGAACAAUGACAAUGUGGCCAUGCUGAUUGGCCAGAUGAGCCCAGAGGAUAAGAAGGUGUUUAAUUUUGAUGUGCGUCAGCUGCACUGGGCCGAGUACAUGGAAAGUUACUGCAUGGGCACCAAGAAAUAUGUCCUCAACGAAGAGCUGUCUGGCCUGCCUGCUGCACGCAAACACCUCAACAAGCUUAGGAACAUCCGCUACACCUUCAACACCGUCCUGGUGGUGCUCAUCUGGCGCGUCUUCAUCGCCCGAUCCCAGAUGGCCAGAAACAUCUGGUACUUUGUAGUGAGCCUUUGCUUCAAGUUCCUCUCCUACUUCAGAGCCUCCUCCACCAUGAGAUAAUGAUCCUGGAGAGGGGCGGCGGGCGGUGAGGCAAAGGGGCGAAGGCGUGAAGAACCACUGGCUGAGGAUGGGGAGAGGUUCCCUUAAAAUGGUCCCACGCUGUUUGUCUCAAAGAUUUAGCGGAACACAGACGGAGCGACUGGAUGAGCCUGCAGCCCACAGCGCUCUGAAUGUUUCAUAUCUCGGAUCCAUCUCACCUGAUCUCUAGCAUUUCAGAAAACCCAGAGGAAUUGGAUCUAUUUCACAGUGUACUAGUUAAAGAAGCAGGAGCACACACCUUCCUUGUAUUCCUGCUGCAGUCCUGAAGCUCUCCAUCUCGCCUGCCUGCCAAACAAAGCUAUGCAUUGGAUGAUGCUCUGCUGCACAAAUCCUCCAUUGGUUUUGAGUCAUUCCAGGCUUCCUCUUCUGUAUCUGUCAUCUUUCAUUGAAGAAUAAUACUUCAAAUGCUGUGAAAGUUAUAUUUCUCUGCCGUCACCUGAAAACAUAACCUUUUUCUCCCUUGAUGUUUUUCAUCGCUUCUAGUCAAAUUCCUGCUAGUAAUGCUUAUUGAAAUGUUUUAAAAACCUGUUACAAAAUGAAUUAAUACGCGUUGGUUUCAUCUGGCAGCAGCAAAGCAGAAGCUACUCUUAGGUUCUUGGGCAGCCGAGCCGGAUUUGCACUUUUGAUUGGAGGUAGUUGACGGAUUGUUCUUCACCGACUGGGAGCAGGCUUGUUCAGGCACAAGGUAGCCUACAAAUGAUUGUUUCACCUCCGUCAUCCUUAACACCAGAGCCAUUCCCACCCAACAUUAGCUUGGUGCAAAGAGAAAGUUGUCAUUGCAGGGGCUUAGCUUCUAUUGACGGUGACCAAGAGUUGUCAUUGGUUGUCAAUUACUCUUCCUUCGCGGUCCCGUGUGUCCCCAAACUGCAGGGUUCCCUAAUUCGGACCAUGCACAGUGUGGACUGUGAUAGUGCCUACACACCGAUUGUUCUGGCAUCAGCACAUCUUGCACAUCAAGCUUGUUCUUCUACAGGUUCUUUUUUGUCAUGUCUGAAAGUAAUUUGUAUAAUUUGGUCUUAAAGCUGUUUUUGCCAAAAUCCCUCUGAGGAGACAGGUGGAGGUGAAGUGGAGUGAUGUCCUCCCUUUGUCCUUCUUUUCCUCCAUGAAGCUUGAGAAUGUAAUCCUUCAGUUCUUUCAUGUGGACUCUUCUUUAUUGGUCUUUGUUAGCACACUGCUUUUCAGGUUUAUGUGACUGUGUCACUAACUUAUGGGUCAGUUAGUCAUCUUCCCCCCUAUGCUUACUAUCUAUGUUGCUUCUGUAAAUGCACGUGUGCAGGAUUCGCCAUAACAUACAUAUGUGGGUUUUCAGGCAACAAAUGUUGGCUCGUUACAGGAUUGGCGACUGUUUUUAUAGGAAUUAAAGCCUCAUUGCAAUAUUAAGUCUUCACUUAACGUACCUGAGGUUUACCUGUGCACGUUCGUCUCGUCUGUUACCUCUUUCUCGAGCACACUACAAUGUUUCUAGAAGCCGUGCUCAUCGCUUGCAUGUAUCUGCUUUAAGCGUCUUCGGCCAGAGCAGCUUCAAACCAGUUGGUCCUGUGAAUGUCCUACAUUCAGAAAGGAAUGGCUUUUUCUCAGCAGGAGCCAUUUUACAAGGAUCAUGUGACUUGGAAGAAGGAUGCCCCGAUUUGGAAAGAAGUGUGCAAGUGUGAAUUGUGCCUGAACUUUUUUCAAUAUUCUAACAAUGUGAAAAGAGAGCAAUCAGAUCUAUGUUUUCUAAUUAUUUUGUGUGAAGCUCUAUUUAGGUAGACUUCAAAAUGCAGAUGUAUUUUUAUCUAAUGACAUUGCGUAGCCACAAAAAGCUACUGAACCAACUUCAGCUGCUGUAAAUAUGUAAACAGAAGUGCAGUAUAUCCACAGCUCCAUAUCUAGUAUGUACAUGUAUAUUUCCCCUCUGUAUGUCAUAUCAUUUAAGUGAAUUGAAUUUAAUAUUUCUUUAUAUAGCCCAAAAUCACAAAUAACAAGUUUGCCUGAGAGGGCUUUACAAUCUGUACACAGCCACGUUCUAUAAUGACACGGCCACAAUCUUCCUCUGACUCCUGAAACAAAAACCUAACGAUACGGUUAUUGGCUGAUACUUUAAGAUUAAGCUUGUGUUUGUUCAUUGGAGUGCCGUGCGAAACAUGUUAGCGUUAAGUGUUUUGAUGGUGUGAAUGAAGAGCUCGGUUUUGUGAUUGAGAAUGUCUGUCCUGCUUGUUUAGUGUUGCAGGUGAACAGCAAUGGGCAGUCUAAUUCAGGGUUUUCUUCGAGGUCCUCCUCAUGUUCCUACUUUAUUGUAAGGAAUACGUAAUCAUACCAAUGGUUUGCUACAUAAUCAUCAUCUCCACGUGAGCAAAUCCUAAAUCGAGUUACGUUGAUCCGUUAUUCAAAGAACUGAACAACAAGAACCUCUGCUAGUCUGCAUCAUGGGGUCUGUGGUUGGAUCAGGACUGAUUGACAGUGGCAUGACAUGUCAGCAGAUUUAGACGUAAACGUGCUGGAUCCAGAUCCAGUUCCGCAGAGAGGAUGUGUUUAUGUCGGUCCAACAGGAAGUGAGCAUCUCUCUGGUUCCCUCAACCAAAAUUCAAUUGGAUUCUUCCUUUGGAUUUUUGCAGACGAUUAAUCUCUGUUAUGAUACCUACAGCAAGAUGAUCUUCACAAAUGAACACCACUUUAUGAUGUUUGAAACGUGAAUAUAAUCAGCUGAAGUAAAAAGCUAACGUUAGGCUUUAAAGGAACUCUACCAUGGUCACAUGACUUCACAUCACCACCACUUAGCUAAAGGAGGACUAGUGUUCUAGGGAUGAUAUUUAGUCCUCUCAUUUAAACGUUCAAAUCUCUUCAGCUUGUGUUAACCACUGACUGAUUUCAGACAUCUCUUCAAAAACACAUUCAGAAAAAAGACAGACGAGGGAACAGGAAGUGUACGCUGACUCUUCUCAGUUUUAGGAUUCCUGCAGCACUCUUUUGGUGCUCAGAAAUGCAUUACAUAUUUUUCAACUGAGCCCCGCCCACUUUAAAAAGUCAGAUAACAAACCAAAAUACAAAUCUCUCACAUGGAAAAACAGAACUGUGUGUGGGGGUACAAAUCUACUUUGAGAAAUCUCUCCUGAAAGGCUCCUAUAUAUCUUUUUAUAUACAUCUUAUACUUUUACCCAUGAUGCUUUGGUAGGACUAAGUGCUCUCCUUCUGGAUAUAAGAAAUCUCUUUUCCUGCUAAAACCUGUGUUGACUGUUGUUUGAUUGUAGAAAUGUUCCUGUUUUUGUCUCCUGCGUGUUGAAGCUUCAGUGGCCUGUGUACUGGAUCACUUGCAUCAAGGUGGAAGUGUUUGUUUUAUUUUUUUACUUUUCUGGCUUUUUGUUUGCUCCUCUUUGGGUCCAUACUGUAUGCUCAGGCUGUCCAGUGUAACUAAUAGGUUUUCAUUCAGACAGUGUCAAUGUGUUCAUGUGGGUCUUGAGGUGACUAUUGUUUCAUUGCUCCUGCUCUGAGCAGCAUGAUGAACACGCUGUGUUCACUUUCAGAAGAAGGAAAAGGAGUUUUCAUUGUCAAUGUGAAACUCCAACAACAAUUAAUCAAUGGGUGCCUUUUUGUCUGUAAACCAAAAAGGAAUAAACUGUGU